AUGGUGGAGAGGAACACCACUUAUAUCAAGAAGCAGCACGUGAAGUUGAAACGAGGUCGAGUGUACCCGAUCGGGAGUUUCUUGUCGAAUACACCUUUCAAAGGUCUGUGGGACGACUCCAAGUCUGUAACAGAGAACUUGAAGAAUGUGUCUUUCAACAGCAUCAAAGACGCACUCCCCAAGAAGCAUGUGACUGAGAAAGAGUUAAGUCUGAGUGAGAGCGACAAGGAUGUCUGUAGGAGGCUGGUGGCAAAAUACGGCGACAAAUACAAAAUGCGAGGUCCGGUAGCAGUGGAGAGAGAGGUGUGGUUGCGUGCGGUAGCUUUGGGGUUGUAUGUCGCGGACGGGACUGCACCUGGGGGAAACGCUUUGGAAGAGGAUGUUCCGGAAAAUGUUUCACCGGUGGCCGGUUCGGUUGCCGUGGUGGUGGAUAGCGCGAAUAUGUGGCCUCCGGAUGUGGCACGGCAGGCGGACUGGUUGCAUCAGUACUGGUUGGCGGCGGACGCGGAGUGGUUCAAGGCGUUGAAUGGACUGGGCGUGACUCGGCAGUCGAGACAUGUGCAUUGGAUGCGAUAUUCAAAGCCGUUACUGGGGGAGUUGUUGCACGCCACUCCAAAGCUGACCACUCCGAAAAAUACUACCACGCAGGACGGCAUUCGGAAUGGUACCUUGGAGGGCGGCACGACGCUGGACGGCACGACGCAGGAGGGCACAACGCAGAACGAUACGUGGACGUUGCAGAUGUCCCCGGUGGAUGGGAUCUGGGAGCCGCUGUAUUUGCCAACCCCCGGGUUCACGAAGCGGCUUACGGACCGUACCGGUGUGUUUGAAUCAGAUUUGGAGGCACAUACGAAGUUGCGUGGUCUCUUGACGCCCGAGCAGUGGAAACGACUGAAGGGUAUCCGGCUCUGCGACUUUGAUUGCUGCCGUCUUGAUUACUUGGAACUGGCAGCCAUAUUAUGCGAAUUCUACCACGCACCUCUGGGAGAAAUAAAUCCGAGCACGCACGAUUUUAUUGUAGAGAAACUCGGCGGCCUCAACGCACUGUACAGGACGGCCUGCGUUGAUACGCGUAUGCUCUGGGUCAGCGCCUGUCUACUCGAACACUCGCAAGUUGACAUCGAUACUCUCGUCCGUUUCUGCAUACACACACUCCAGUUUAGACCCGGUCGUCUAGACCUUGAGUGCCUACGCAAGGCAUUCGCUCGCUUCGAAGAUUACGACUGUAGACCUCCACUAAACGAAAACAUAUGCACAACCAGGCUCAGUAGCCACCUACACCCCGUCUACGUCUCCGCACACACCUUCGGAACCGUCUUCCGCGCAGUCGCCCAUAGUAAGCAAGCCAUCUAUGGCAAUCUGCUGCUCCACGUCCGCGCCGAAAAAGCCAAAGCCAAAGCCGACCAUGGAGCAAUGCAACCCGUAGCGAUGCAACCCGUAGCGAUGCAACCCGAAGCUAUGAUUCAACAAGAAACCGGGUUCCUGGAUGAACCUCAGUGUCCCCCCCGAAAAAAGCAAAAGCGAACCUCCAGGCACUAUGCUAAACCGUGUAACAAAACUACAACUAAAACAGCUACCGAAAUACCUAGAUCCAAGGCAUCCAGGCCCGAAGCACCCACGACCAUAGCACUCAAGCCCACGACCAUAACACUCAAGCCCACGACCAUAGCACCUAAGCCCAUGACCAUAGCACUCAAGCCCACGACCAUAGCACCCAAGCCCACGACCAUAGCACCCAAGCCCGUAGAUCCUCAGUCAUGUGUACAGAUUUUCAAGCAGUUCACGUGCCGCCGGUAG